AAAAAUAAAGAGAGAGAGAGAGAGAGAAAGGCAUGCAAGCACUGAAACGUUCGAUAUUUUAUUCCAAUUCUCGCCCUUCAAUUUUACCUGCUAGUUCAAACUCUGAGUCUGACGUGGAAGCUGUGAUAGAAUUCUUCAGAAAGAACGGAUUCAAGGAGGCUGAGUCAGCUCUCAAAGAAGAUAUGAUGGAAAAAUGUGACUUGGGUUCGUUUGAUUAUGAGAAGUUCUUGUUCCCGGUGCUGCCGCCGGUGAGGAUUCCGACCACUCUCAGGCGACAUGAGGUUGAAGAACAUAUUGGUGGUGAUGAAAGAUCAUCAAGAUCAAGUUUUGUUUCUUCUUCUUCCUCCGAUGAUGAGUUUGUGAGCCUGGGUUCUUCUACAACCGGAGUUUGUUCUUCAGAUUUCACAAACCCGUAUGGACGGCAUUCUGCAUCUCGGGGUAAUUCCGAUGCAUCAUCUGAUAGCUUAUCUCAGUUUGAUACGGCGCGUGAUUACCCCGAUUAUGAUAUGCAAAAUGAUAUCUAUUGGCAUGAUGAGAAAGAUGAAGGCUCCUUCUUGACUCCCUGCUUUGGAGGGCCUGACUUCUUUGGCUGUCCAAGUGAGGAUAAGUUCAUCAUGACUUUAGACACUGAGAAGCAAUUUGAAAAUUCGUUGGUGGUAUAUGAUCAGUCAGAAGGAUUGCAAUCAGAGACAAGCAUAGAUUACUUGGAUAAGCCGUGUCUAGUUAAUAUUGCCCCGUUGAAUUCCAAGAAUGAGGUUCAAGUGACAGAUUAUUCUGAUUCUGAAAAGAAUAACCAGCAUGAAGGAGUCAUGGAAGAAAUGCUCAAGAAUUGUGCAGCUUAUGGUUGUUCAGAGGGGUUUGUGUACGGCGAGAAACUGGAGGACUAUGGUUACCUGAGCUCCAAAGAAACUGAUUUAUAUGAUCUUCAAAUGAAGGUUGUUGGGGGUUCUUCUACUGAUUGUGAUUUAUCUCUUCAUUGUGGAACUAAAAACACUUCUGGCUACUCUAUUAAGAGGGAAUCAAGCAAUGAGUGGACUGAAGGGUUUAAAGAUACAUCGAACUUUCAUGUUAAGGAUGCCAAGAAAGAUUUUAUGUCAAAUGGAAUUGAUGGCUUUGACAUAGGAGAUUUUGAAUUUAAUGGACUCCAUGAACCUAAGUCUGAUGCAGAUGGAGACGAUGUUAAUGCUCAUGACCUUCUUAUGUAUGAUAAUCAUGAGGAAGAAUAUGAAAUAUUCAAUCUGCGGAUCAUACACCGGAAAAACAGGACUGGAUUCGAAGAAGACAAGGAUCUGCCGAUUGUGCUAAAUACUGUCAUUGCAGGUAGAUAUUAUGUUACAGAAUACUUAGGCUCAGCUGCUUUCAGCAAGGUUUUCCAGGCACAUGAUCUUCACACAGGACUGGAUGUUUGCCUGAAGAUCAUAAAAAAUGAUAAAGAUUUUUUUGAUCAGAGUUUAGAUGAAAUUAAACUUCUCAAGCUUGUGAACAAGCAUGAUCCGGGUGAUGAACGCCACAUUUUGCGUCUGUUUGACUACUUUUAUCAUCAGGAGCAUCUGUUCAUUGUUUGUGAACUCCUCCGAGCAAAUCUGUAUGAAUUUCAGAAAUUUAAUCAAGAAUCCGGUGGGGAAGCAUAUUUUACUCUAAGCAGGUUGCAGGUGAUAACUCGCCAAUGUUUGGAGGCAUUGGAGUACUUGCAUAACCUGGGAAUUCUUCAUUGUGAUCUAAAGCCUGAAAAUAUUCUUAUCAAAAGUUACAAAAGGUGUGAGAUAAAGAUUAUUGAUCUCGGAAGCAGCUGCUUUGAAACUGACAACUUGUGCCUGUAUGUACAAUCACGAUCCUAUAGAGCGCCCGAAGUUAUCUUAGGCCUUCCAUAUGACCAAAAGAUUGAUUUAUGGUCUCUUGGCUGUAUCCUGGCCGAGCUAUGCUCUGGCGAAGUGCUCUUUCCAAAUGAUGCUGUUGUAAUGAUCCUUGCACGUAUGAUAGGGAUGCUGGGUCCUAUUGAUCUUGAGAUGCUGGUGAAUGGACAGGAGACAUACAAGUACUUCACAAAAGAAUACGAUCUUUUCUUUGUAAACGAGGAGACAGACCAACUAGAAUACAUUAUUCCAGAGGAGUCGUCGUUGGAGCAUCAACUGCAAGUCUCUGAUGCUAAGUUCAUUGACUUCAUUAGAAAUUUGCUCGAGAUCAAUCCCCAGAGGCGCCCGACUGCAAGGGAGGCAUUGGAACACCCGUGGCUUUUGCACUCGUACUAGUCUUAUUCUCCCUGAAUUGCUGGAGGAGUUAUCAAUUUUGUGGGUAUAUAUAUUUACAUCUACUUUGAAAUGUCAUUAUGAGCAUUUUUGGAGCGCAGUUUGCUCCAAUUUCAGUUUUGGUUUUUAUGUAAAUGCAGCUACAUCAACUUUCUCCUUCUACAUCUGUUUGUUAAUUUAUUCUGUACAAAAAAAAAAAAAAAAGAAUUCCCACUUUUUUCCCCUCUAAUUAAGCGAGGGUUUGUUGUAAAUCGCAGGCAAAUCGAUUGGUUAACAGAAAAAUAUAAUAAAAAAAGACCAUUGCAAUGCU